GUGGAAGCAGUGGCAACCCCCGUUGAGCUAAACGUCGCACUUGGCUAAAAUAUACGAGUAUUACAGAUAAUAACCAAGAGUGUUAUCAUGGCAUGAAAAAUACACAGGUUCUUAAAGAAAGCAAAGUGCCCUAGCAAACAUUAAUUAAGGAUGGAAUGUAACGGCAAUGUUCCAGACAAGGCAUUGUCCAGUAGUGCCGAGGACCUGAGUGAUUAUACAGAUGCUGAUGAGAGUAUAUCUGCUCCUACUGAGAUCUUGGCUGAGUUUCUAUCUGCCGUGAUGUUGAAGGACUAUGAUUCUGCCCUAAAAUACUGCAAGAUGAUUCUUCAAUAUGAACCCAACCAUGCAACUGCUAAAGAGUUUUAUCCUCUCAUUCUAGAAAAGAUCAUACAAGCUUCUGCAGAGGCCGAGGCAGAUGUUGAAAACCAAGCUAACGCAGAUUCUGAGCCAGAAUCUAGCGAAUCCGAGGACAGUGAUAGUGAAGAUGAUGAGGAAGGAGGGGAGGAGGAAGAAGAGGAAGAAGAAGAGAAAAGAACAACAGAUUCUGAUGCGACAACAGCAUCAUAUUCAAGUCUAGAAGAUGAGGAAGCGGAUAAUGUCCAAAGUCACACUCACUCGCCUACUGAUGACAAUGCCUUCGUUUUAGCAACAACAACACAAAACAACAACUACUCAGAUUCAGAGUCACCUACUGAACCUGUCAGUCAAGCAGCUCGACUCAGACAUCUGGUCGUAUCCGGCAAGUUGUAGAAGAAGAGCACAGUAGGCUGUUGCACAGAGGGAACGGAAUGCCUUCCAAGAGGCCUAGAUUAUAAAUCACUCUAAUUGAGUUUGUUUGUUGAGGUUUUGCCGAAACAGUCUCGACACCAUGCAUAAUUUUUAUCUCAGCAAUUUCCAAUUCUUAUUAUGGGGUGAAUCACAACUAUUGCUCACGUUGAUUAAUUUAAAACAACUAAUACUAUACAAAUUUAAUUGUGUUACAGAUAUUAAUGGGGUUAAGCUGGUCUAGUUAAGAACAUGGGACUCCUGCCCCAAAGUCCACUGUUAAAAUCCCACCUAUAGCAAAUGAAUCCACUUUAAAGGUCCAUCUAUCUACGAAACAAAAAAGGAUUAUGCCCUUCAUGUGAGGAGAAUAUCCUCCACUCAAAGCCUUAUGAUGGUAAAUUAACAAUAGAUAUGAUUAAUGUGUAUGAAAAUUCCAACAUAUAAUCAUCUCACUAAAAUUAAAAAUAUUGACUUUUGUUUUUAAUAGUUCCAAAAAAUAUUGAGACACCAUAAACUUUGCUAAAUACUAGAUUAAAUCUUGAGGUUAGCUUAUUUUUUGAAACAUUAAAUAUAUUUAAGAAAUAACACUGAGCGAGAAAAAAAAUCAGUGGGUUAAUAUGAAGUGUGCAGAAAAGUUUGCUCCAUUGUGAGGCAAAUGUUUAAUUUUGGCUGUAAUAAAUAUUUUCUAAAAUAACACAAGUGUUUGGAAGAGAGUAGAUAGCUCAGAUUUAAUAGGAGCCGGAGAGUUUAUUAGAUUUGGAUGUAUAAAAAACUCUACAAAGACAUUUUUCCUCCUAAAACCCAGAAUACAUUAAUUCUUUAACUUUUAUCUAUAAUAAACAAAUAUUGUAAGCUCAUUGAUUGUAGGAAUUUCGCUGGUACCAAGACAGUUUCAUUCAACACCCCUUUACCUUAUCUAGGUCAGAAACUAAGAUUCUGCUAUAAAGCAGUUUAAGCUUCUAAAGCAUUUUGAAUUUGCCAUUGAAAGUAAGGAGUUUAUUCUGAAUUACUGUUAAGAGUUCCUUAAACUAACCGGUCUUAUAAGGUACAAAAGGAUAUAUACUUCUAAAUAUGAAGUCAAAAAAACUAAUAAUAAUUAUAAAAAAACCUUUGUAAAAUGUUUAACAAAUUUUAAAAGUUUUGAUUCACCCCUUUAUAUUCUAAUUAAUCACAUUUUGCUUCAAAAACAACCCAAAUAUUUCUUUGAGUGUGAAAGAUUUAAAAUUGUCACACGAUUUUCAGUUGUAAUACCAAACAAACAUUUUGUUUUUAAACCUGUUGGAGUUCAUGGCAAUAGUUAGGUGCAGUGGAUGGACUAAAUUUUAUUUUAAACAUGGGCAUAGUUUAAACUACCUUCCCAAAAUAUGAAUGGAAAAUAGAGAAUUCCUGGUCUUUUUAUGUUAUUUGCAAAAUAUUUUUUAUAACUUUUUUACAAGUUUCAAAUCAUGUUUGACCAUGUCACAAGAAUUUAUUGAAAGACUUGUUAAGCACCGUUUCUGAUCAAAAAAUCUCAAGCCAAUUGUUGAGGCAUCAUGUUGUACUGUCACAGGUUAAUACUUUGGAGAUAAUAUUAAUAAGUUAUGUUUAUUUUUUUAAGUAUUGUUUUUUGUUUUAAAAUUCAACCGGAAGCACUCUAGCGAGUUUGGGAGAAAAGAGGGGAGCAAGACCAACUAAGUCUGAUAGUCUGAUUUUGUACCUUUAUUAUGUACUAUGUAGACAUUAUUAUUAUAGUCUUUCUGUAUGUAGAUAAGUGUAUUUAUUACAAUAAUAAACAGGGUUAAUUGUAUUAUACCCUUGUGUAUGAGGGUAAAUGAGAGGGUGUUUGGGUAAAAAGGUUGUAAAUUGUUUGAGGUUAGAACCAUCAAUUAGUUACAACUCUCCAAUCAGCGCACCUGUGUUCAAAUUUAUACAGGAAUAACACCCAAAAGUACUUUGGACCCUAUACCAUGCACCCUGGACCCUCCCAUGUAUGGAUAAAAGUUAGUUUGAUGAAAUCAUACUGUAGUAUGAUUGUUUUGUGAUUG